UUUAAAGGACCAUUUCUCUUUGCAUGGCGUUUCUGGGCUGUACCACCACAGCUUCCACCGACAGCUUAGUUGCAGCAUGAAUUUUGACACGGAAAGCGCAUGACAGCCUAACCGUUAAGCAUUAUAUGGAUUUAAAUAGCUUUACUUUGGUUGAUGCACUGCUGGGCCACGGUAUAACCUAGAACCCACGUCUUCAAAUAGACUGUCAUAUGGUGCAUUUACCACCCUCGAACCAUAGAUGAUUUGGCAGAGAUGUCUUCUGCCGGCAUCAGCGGAUGCGUGCCUACAACUGUAAACAUAAGUUGUUUCUUAUUUUCUUGCGUAAAUCGCGCAACGUUGGAAUUUUCAAUCUUCCUGCUGGUUGAAGUUCUUCAGGAAUUCUCACUAGCCUUUUCUCCUCUUUUUUUUGACAUGUUUUACUUCUUGUCUAUUCAGGAACACCAUAUACAAACGAAUCAUGGACCUGUAUCUGUUGCAGUGUACGGUGACCAUGACAAGCCUGCCCUUGUUACUUAUCCCGAUAUUGCUUUAAACUAUAUGUCCUGCUUCCAAGGACUAUUGUUCUGUCCCGAAGCCGCUUCGCUGCUGCUUCAUAAUUUUUGCAUUUACCAUAUUAGCCCCCCAGGACAUGAGUUAGGAGCUGCUCCAAUUUCCCCAAAUGCUCCUAUACCGUCUGUUGACGAUUUGGCAGAUCAGGUUGCGGAUGUCCUCGAUUUCUUUGGAUUAGGCUCUGUUAUGUGCUUCGGUGUCACUGCAGGUGCCUACAUUCUAACUCUGUUCGCGGCAAAGUAUAGGGAGCGGGUACUAGGUCUUAUCCUUGUUUCACCUCUGUGUAAAGGCCCCACUUGGACUGAGUGGUUAUACAGUAAGGUAACAUCCAAUCUGCUGUAUUACUAUGGCAUGUGUGGGUUAGUGAAGGAGUGCCUACUUCAGCGGUACUUCAGCAAGGAAGUGCGAGGAUUCUCUGAACUACCCGAAUCAGACAUAGUGCAGGCUUGUAAAAGCCUGCUAGAGCAGCGGCAGAGCAUGAACGUGUGGCGCUUCGUACAGACAAUGAACGAGAGAUACGACUUGUCUGAGCAUAUAAAGCGGCUGCAGUGCAGAACCCUGAUUUUUGUGGGCGACAAUUCCCAGUUCCACACGGAGGCCGUUCACUUGACGUCGAAGCUGGACAGGAGAUACUGCGCUCUAGUUGAGGUGCAAGCGUGCGGUUCACUGGUAACCGAGGAGCAGCCGCACGCGAUGCUUAUACCGAUGGAGUACUUCCUGAUGGGAUACGGCCUGUACAGGCCGCCUAGCCAGGUGGUGGAGUGCAGCCCGCGCAGCCCCCUGAGCCCGUUCUGCAUUUCGCCGGAUCUCCUGUCACCUGAGAGCAUGGGGGUGAAGCUAAAGCCGAUCAGAACGCGAGUCAGGCUUGAGGUGUAGCAGAGGGCUAGGCUAACUUUUGCAGGUCUGUGUUUAGUUUUUGGAGGUAUAGUUAUACUGCCAUGUAUAUAUAAAUAUAUAGGAAACGCUGUUCUUUGAUUUGUAGCCUGAAAGAAAAUAAUAGCAGAAGUUUGGGUGUACAGUCUCUCUAUUAUGCCAUUAUACCCGCUGGUUUGGUUGGGUGGCAGGAUUAGAUGUGGUUCCCAAAGAAGCAUAUGUCUUAAGAAGAUAAGAGAUGGACCAGCUGUAGUAUUUGUUCGGUUUGUUGUUUGGUGUCGAUUUGAUUCCUCUGCGUUGCUUUA